AUGACCGCAGGCCAGUUUUCAGUGCUGGUCGCCAUCAGGCAGGCGCGCGACGAAACCACGGGCGAACUGGCAGAAAGGCUUUCCAUGGAUCGUACUACCCUGGUCCGGAACAUCGCGCUUCUGGAUCGAAAGGGCCUCGUCGUGUCGGCGCGUACGGGUGAUGCGAGAGGAAAGAACCAUCAUCUGACCGGGAAGGGCGAAGCGCUGCUGGAGAGUGCCCUGCCGCUUUGGCGCCAGGCGCAGAAAGAUGUGGAGACCCUUCUGGGCAGGGAGGAGUUCCUGAAAACAAUCAAUGUGUUGCAGAGGUUGACGUCGGGCGCGAAUGGCAUCCGCAGGAUCAGCCAUUUCGAUCCGAGCGACCUGGCCUGCCAGAUUGCUGGCGAAGUGCCGUCAAAGGAUGAGGACGAGUUCGGCUUCGACGUCGAUGAGGUUCUCGAUUCUCGGGAACAAAGGCGCUCCGACAGGUUCAUUCACUUUGCCAUGGGAGCGGCCCAGCAAGCGCUCGCAGACUCCGGUUGGGAACCAAAAACCGUCGAGGAAAAAGAACGGACCGGCACGAUCAUCGCCACCGGCGUCGGCGGCUUUCCGGCCAUGACCGCCGGGACCAGGCUGGUCGACGAGAAGGGGCCCCGCCGGGCCUCGCCGUUCCUGGUGCCGUCAUUCCUCGCCAAUCUGGCUGCUGGCCAGGUCUCCAUCCGCUUUGGUCUGAAAGGACCGAUCGGCGCACCGGUGACAGCCUGUGCAGCCAGCCUUCAGGCGCUGGGCGAUGCCGCUCGCUUGAUCCGCUCGGGCGAGGCCAACGUCAUGGUGGCCGGUGGUACGGAAGCCUGUAUCGACAAGGUUUCAUAUGCCGGUUUUUGCGCGGCCAAGGCCAUGUCCUCCAAGCGUAACGACGACCCGUCUCAUGCGUCCCGUCCGUUUGAUCAGGAUCGUGACGGCUUCAUCAUGGGUGAAGGCGCGGGCAUCCUGAUCCUGGAGGAACUGGAGCAUGCGAAGGCGCGUGGCGCCAACAUUCUGGUUGAACUCAAGGGUUACGGUACGACGGCUGAUGCAUUCCACGUUACCGCGUCGUCACCGGACGGCGAGGGAGGCUUGCGUGCGAUGCGCCAGGCACUUUCAUCUGCCGGACUGACACCUGCCGAAAUCGGCUACGUCAAUGCGCAUUCCACAUCAACACCGGUUGGCGAUGCGGCGGAGAUUGCCGCAUUGACGACCUUGUUUGAUGGAAGGGGCAAGGACCUUGCCGUGUCCUCGUCAAAAUCCAUGUUCGGGCACCUGCUCGGCGCAGCCGGUGCUGUCGAGGCAGUGGCCUGCGUCAAGGCGCUGACAAGCGGACAGCUGCCUCCGUCCCGGAACCUGGAAGCUCCGGAUGAGGCAAUGACCCGGUUCGAAAUGAUUCCGGGCAAGGCAAUCGACAGGCGCGUUGAUCACGUUCUGACCAAUGGUUUCGGCUUCGGCGGCGUGAAUGCCAGCGCGGAUAUCGGCCGGCGGAUUGCGGGGCUGCGCCGGGCAAGAGGAUGGCCGCUGGAUCUGCUGGCGGAAAAGUCGGGAGUGAGCCGGGCGACCCUGUCGCGGAUCGAACGCGGCGACACCAGUCCGACCGCGGUGGUGCUCGGGCAACUGGCCCGGGCGUUCCGGAUUUCCAUGGCCGAUCUUUUUGGCUUCGGAUCGCCUGCGCUGGACGCCAGGAUCGCGCGGGACGACCAGCCGGUCUGGCAGGAUCCGGAAACCGGUUUUCGCCGCCGGAGCGUCUCACCUGCUUCAAACGGGUUUCGCGGGAGUGUGGUCGAGGGGGAACUGCCCGCCGGUGAAAUCAUUUCCUAUUCCGUGCCGCCGCUACCGGACCUGGAGCAUCAUCUGGUUCUUCUGGAAGGAAAUCUGGUGAUGACGAUCGGAGACGAGCGGCAUGAAUUGUCGCCGGGCGAUUGCCUGCGCUUCCGCCUCAACACCGCCAACGCCUACCAUGCCCCUGGACCCGGUUCCGCCCGAUACCUCCUGACGGAAGUUCGCUCUUCGCUCGAAACUCUUGCGGAUCUUCUGAAGGCCUGCGUGGAAGAUGGUGCCGGCAUCGGCUUCAUCCUGCCGCUUCAGCGUGAAAAGGCCAAAGCAUUCUGGGAAGGACAGUUGCCGACGCUGGAAUCCGGAAAGUCCUUUCUCCUGGCCGUACGGGACGGAGAGGAAAUUGCGGGCGUCGUCAUGCUCGCCCUUGCACCGCAAAAUAACGGCCAGCACCGGGCGGAGGUCGCGAAGCUGAUGGUUCACCCAAACCAUCGCCGGCAGGGGCUGGCGCGCAAGCUGAUGGCGACAAUCGACGGUCUGGCCCUGUCGUUGGACCGUUGGCUCCUCGUUCUCGACACCGUCACGGGUGACCGGGCCGAACAGCUCUAUCCAACAUGCGGAUACCGGAAAGUAGGCGUCAUUCCGGACUACGCCUAUGGCAGCCACGGCGACUUGGACGCGACCACGGUUUUUUACAGGGAUCUUCGGUAG